UGCUCCUCAGGUGCCAUGAUGCCUGUCAGCUCACAGUUACAGCCACACCCAGGGAGGAUGCAGUGAUUGUAUCUGAGGAGGCAGCAGUGAUAUAAAUGUGAUGAGAGUGAGAGUGAGAGUUGGUUCUGCCUCUGAACGUCCUCUGAUCCUCGACAGCAGCUUCGUACAGACACUCCUCAGAGAGAUGUGCUCAGUAGCAAAAAGCCAGCUGGAGACAGCCAUGGACACCCUCAUCGAGGUGUUUCAGUGCUACUCCUCUCGUGAGGGCGACAGGUUCAAGCUGAACUUUGUGGAGCUGAGGAGUUUGCUUCGCUUGGAGCUGAACCUGGAGGGGAGCUGGAACUCUGGGUACGUGGAGAUGAUCAUGGCCGACCUGGACAAGAAUAAAGAUCGCAACGUGAGCUUCGAGGAGUUUGUCGUCCUGCUGACUCAUCUGACCGUGAGAAGCAGGCCCUUCUUCCAAGACUACGAACCGGUCAUCAUCCAGUGUGGUCAAAUAAGAGACGGACGUUUCCAGAUGUGAAUGUCCCUCAGUCACAGCUCUGAGCUUAACCCAAGCUUUACUGUCUGAAUGUCAAUAAAUGACUCAGAAUGUUAAA